GUGAUCUAAAGCAUUCGUGCAAGUUAGAAUAUAUAGUUUUAUAUACAGCCAUGACAGUCAACAUUACAAGUAUCAAAACCUCAUCCGAUGGAGCCUGGAAAGGCGAUAAUCCUCUCAACUAUGCAUUCCCUUUGUUAAUUCUCCAAACCACCUUUGUCCUUUUCAUUACCCGCUUCCUCUCCCUCCUUCUUAAACCCCUCAGGCAACCCAAAGUCAUCGCCGAGAUUCUUGGUGGGAUUUUGCUUGGACCAUCAGCUCUCGGUCGAAACAAGGAGUUUAUGCAGGUGCUUUUCCCAUCAUGGAGCACUCCUAUACUUGAAUCAGUAGCAAAUGUUGGCCUUCUCUUCUUUCUUUUCCUUGUGGGUCUUGAGCUCGAUUUGGCCACCAUUCGGCGCAGUGGAAAACGAGCUUUCAGCAUAGCCCUUGCCGGAAUAUCUCUCCCAUUCCUCUUCGGAGCAGCAUUUUCUUUACUUCUCCGUAAGGUCAUAAAUGGCGAGGACAGAGUAGAGUACGGCCAAUACAUCAUAUUCAUAGGAAUAUCUUUCUCCAUAACGGCUUUUCCUGUUCUCGCUUGCAUCCUGGCAGAGCUCAAACUCAUAAACACGCAGGUUGGGCAGACGGCAAUGGCGGCCGCGGCCUUCAACGACGUCGCGGCGUGGAUCUUACUGGCCCUUGCAGUUGCUCUAGCAGAGACGUCAACUGAAACCCACCAAAGCAGCAAGCUGAUAUCUGUGUGGGUUCUGAUAUCGGGAGUAGGGUUCCUGGUGUUCAUGGUAGUUGUUGUGAGACAGGUGAUGAAGUGGGUGGCCCGGCAUUGCUCGAAUAUCAAUACGUAUAUAUGGGUGAGCUUAGGUGGGGUAAUGUUAUCGGGUUUUAUGACGGAGCUGAUAGGGAUCCACGCCAUUUUUGGGGGGUUUGUGUUCGGGUUAAGCAUACCCAAGGAUGAUGGAGAUUUAGCAGAGAAAGUGAGAGAGAGGAUUGAAGACUUGGUGUCGUGUUUGCUGCUUCCACUCUACUUCGCCUCCAGCGGAUUGAAGACGGACGUGACAAAAAUACAAGGAGCGGCUGCCUGGGGACUGCUGGUAAUGAUGAUAGUCACGGUGUCGGUAGGGAAGAUCUUCGGAACUUUCAUGGCUGCUCUGCUGUGUAAGAUCCCGCCAAGGGAUUCUCUAGCACUUGGCGUUUUGAUGAACACCAAAGGCUUAGUCGAACUCAUUGUCCUCAACAUUGGCAAGGAAAAGAAGGCAAAAAUGAGUUGAUAAACUCUGUAAAUGGAGAUGGUGAUGACCUGAACCAAGUCAAUAGA